GGAUCAUAAGAACCAUAGCGUUGGUUGUAUAUAUAGAUAUCAGUGUGGCAGCGAACCCUAAUCUUGCUAAAACCGGGCCAGGGGAAGUGUCCGAUGGAUUCUGGCCCUUUUAACCCUUUUAAGAAGGGAAGUUGUUAAAAUAUCUUUGAAGUUUAAUAGAAUUUUUAAAAUUUCUUUUUUGGAUUUAUUAAACUUAUUCUGGAUAAUAAAAUGUAAUCGUAUCAUUAAUCAUUAAUCAUUAUUCAAACUAGGCUAAAUUUCAACCCUAGUUUCUAAGCCGACGUUAAUCGACGGGUCCUGCGAAGUGGAGUUCCUAAGGCCCAACCUGGACCUGAAUCGAGACGCCGGAGACGAAUCAGAUGAGCAGCGGCGAAGCGGCGGCGGCGGUUUCGACUCCUAAACCCGCUCCCGAGGUUUUGGCUUUCAAUCCCAACUGGGCGCAACUCCAGCAGAAGCUCAAGGCCCGCCGACCCGCUAAACCCUCCCGUUCCACUGAUGUUGGACCGGAAACCCUAGUGGGGUCCGUGUUGGGCAAGCGCAAGGAAAGGGAGGAGCCCGUUCCGGAUGCAUCACCGCCUGUUGCUCUCUCGCCAACCUCCGCUGAUUUCAGUUUGACGGAUGCACUGGCUAUGGACUGUGAGAUGGUCGGUGUGAGCUCUGAGGGGAAUAAAAGCGCAAUUGGACGGGUUACGCUGGUGAAUUCAUAUGGUAAUGUGGUAUACGAUGAGUAUGUUCGCCCAAUGGAGCGUAUUGUUGACUUCCGUACUAGGAUUAGUGGCAUCCGGCCCAAAAACAUGAAAAAAGCAAAGGAUUUCUGUGAGGUUCAAGACAAAGUUGCUGAAUUGAUUAAAGGAAAAUUACUUGUUGGUCAUGCUUUGCACAAUGAUCUAAAGGUAUUGUUGUUAGGUCACCCGAAGAAGGAUAUAAGAGAUACCUCAGAAUAUGAGCUCUUACGAAGGGGUAAUCGGACAAGAGGGCUAAAGCAUCUUGCAGCCGAGAUUCUUGGUGUUAACAUUCAGGAAAAUGAGCACUGCCCUAUUGAGGAUGCCCGAGCUGCAAUGUUUAUCUACAUGAAAUAUAAGAAAGAAUGGGAGAAAAACCUGAAGAAACAAUUCAAGUUAAAGGCCAAGCUCAACAAGCGGAAGACGAAGAAGAAAAAGAAGCAGAUGGAUGCAAAGAAAAGCUAAUGUCCAUCCAUCCACAAAAGCCAAAUGGUAUGUGGCAUGUCAAUGGAACCUCAAGAACUACUGGCAUCUCGUAUCCAAAACGAUCGUUCACAAAUUUUGUCCUUUCUUCCAACUUAGAAGCUGAAUGAAGCAACAGUGCAGUUCUUUUUCUGAAGUUGGUUUUAUUGACCUUGCAUUUCUCUUCCUGUGGAGUGGAGACAGGCUCCUGGUAAGCUCGACUAGGGUUUUGUAAACAUUGAGGAGCUUGCUAAACGGAGAAAAGCAUAUUGUUAAAAAAUUUCCUUGCUACAUUCCUUUAUUAUAAGAACUUCUUUAUCA